UCAAGAGUCAGACACUCAACUGACUGAGCCACCCAGGCACUCCAUAAACCCUAUACUCAUAAUUAAAAUUGUGGCAAUGGUACCCGACUCAUCAGAAACACCAAUGGGUGGAGUAUAAAGACUAGAAUAGCCCUGAAUUCCAAUGAGAAUUUCGUUUUUGCUCAAGGGAACAUUUUGAAUCAGUAGGACAAAGAUAAUAUAUUCUUCAAACAGACCUUAUCCUUCAGAAGUUAACCAUCUGGGGGAAAAAAACUCACAACAACUUGGACCCAUACAUUCCAACUUACAAGAUAAAUCCCAGAUGGAUUGACAUUUAAACGUGAAAUUGUAAAGAAAUAUUUGGAAAUCAUAUCACAGAUGGCAACUUUUUGAAUACGCAAAGAACUCCUACACAAAACAAAACAGUAAAAAUGAGAAGGACAUAGGAUAUGAACAGAGAGUUCACAGAAGAAGAGAAAAAAAUGGCUCUUAGACAUAGGAAACAAUGACCAAUAUCAUUCAUAAUAAGAGAAUUAUGGAUUGAAAUUAUACUGGAACAGUCACAGAAAGCAGAUCAGUGGUUGCCUCAGGCCAGGGGUUGGGGGGCUUACUGGGCAGGGAACAUUGCAGAACCUUUUGCAACAUAGAAAUGUUCUCUGUCUUGAUUGUAGUUGGGGUUGUACAAAUGUAUGAAUUUGUCCAAUGUCGCUGAGAUAUACACUGGAAGGGGGCAGUAUAUUACAUAAAACUAAUUAAAAUCUAAAAUGAAAUGUAAUUUUCCUGAUAUGCAUUCGAAAAAGACUUAAAGAUUUGCUGACACCUUCCUCUGGUCAUGGAGAGGGGCAGUGGACCUUCUUCCAUCUUGCUCCUAAGUGUGAAUUUCAUGGGGUAGCUCCAUAGAGGGCAGUAUCUAUUCAAGUGACAAAUGCUUAUCCCAUUUACCUGCCAAUUGUUUGUAACCAAUUAUUCACUGGUUUGUAAGAGACAAUUAUUGUUUGCAAGAGAAAAUAAAUGUCUGUCAAUAGAAGACUGCUUAAAAUUCAUGAUGCGUUCCUACAACGGAAUACUUUGCAGCUGGACAAAUGAGUGAGAAAGGAUCAUUUUGAAUACAGUUCUGUGAACAAAUCAUUGUGCAGACAGUGUAUGUAGUAUCCUGCCAUUUGUGGACAAAGGGAGAAGAGAAUAUUUUUAUAUGUUUUUGUGUGCAAAAAAUGUCAUUGUAGAAUAUAGAAGAAAAUGAUAAUAUUAGUUUCUGACUAGAAGGCAACUAGGUGGUGGGAGAGCAAGAGGAGUGGGAGGGUUUUAAAAGUAUACCCUUUUAUAUCUUUUGAAUUUUUUCACCAUAUGGAAGUGUCAUGUGUAAAUAUGUAUACUAAGUAAAUAAUUCAGAUUCCUUUCUUUGUCCAACCCAAGACCCAGACAAACCAUAUCAGACAAUUCUGGGGAGAGACCCAAGAAUAUACGUGGUGAAGAACUCUAGAGGAAGGAUGACCCAAAAUAUGGUGACUGUGAAUGGAGUCGAUGUGGCCUCUACGCUGUCCCAGCCCACUCACAUCAACAUCCACAUCUACCAGGAAUCAGCUUUGGCACAAUUGUUCAAAGCUGGGGCCUCCCUGAAGGAGCUUUUUUCUCAUCCUCCGGACACUAGCCCUUUCAAGGCCAGGAUGAGCUAUGGGCAGCUGGCACUGGGGGUGACCCAGAUAUUGCUGGGGGCUGUGAGCUGUGCCCUUGGAGCGUUGCUGUGCUUAGGGCCCUGGAUAGAGCUGUGUGCCUCAGGCUGCGCCUUCUGGGCAGGGUCUGUGGCUAUUGUAGCAGGAGCUGGGGCCAUUGUCUAUGAGAAGCACCGGGGAAAACUUUCAGGCUGCAUAUCAGGUCUGCUCAUGCUGGCUGGUGUCGCCAUAGCCAUGGCUGCUGUUGUCCUUUGUGUGAAUAGCUUAACCUGGCAAAGUGAUGGCUUCUAUGACAUCGACUAUGUGUGUGAUUACCCAGAACCUGCUGCCACAACCACUGGGUACCAAGAGACAUGGCAAAGAAGUCACAAGUCACAUUGGACAGAGGAUAGAUGUAAAACCUACAUGCAAAUACUGAUGAAUUUGUUCCUAGGAAUUCGUGCUCUGCUCCUGGCUGUCUGUGUCCUGCAGGUCAUUGUAUCUUUGGCUUCCCUGAGCGUGGGUCUUCGAAGCUUGUGUGGACAGAGCUCUCAGCCCCUGGAUGAGGAAGGGACAGAGAAGAAGCUACUGGGAGAGAAUUCAGGGCCUCCCUCCCCCUCCAAGGAGAAGACCACGGAUGCCAUCAUCCUGUGAGCCGCCAAAGACCCUGCCUGGGCUCCCACAUGUUCCUGAUGGGAGUAGCCCAGCGCUACUGGGGAGGACAGCACCCACUCCCCAGGACUCCUUGCUGACCUGCCCUUCACACUUGCCUCUCUUUUGGCUACUGUCCCGGCCCUCCUCCUCUCCCCACUGUUCCCAUCGCAGUGGCCUCAAGUCAUUGAACAGGUGUUGUCGAAUUUUCUCCAGCGCUAAUUAAACAGAAACAACAGGAAACAUCAUUUUGCCCA